UCUGCUGCUGUUGUGGCCGACCAUCACUUACAACCCUUUGAGGGUGUGGUUUGUCUUCGUUCAACCAAAAUGUCUUGUGAUAACGAGGAGAAUACGUGCAUUGCAACAUUGUCGUUAUCAUCUUCAUCGUCAUCGCCAUCAUUAUAUGACUCGGAGGUUGAUCAGGAGUUGGAGCGUAUGCCAUUGGUGCCCUCAUUUUGGAAAAACAAAAAGCGACUUUCGAAGCAAUUGUCAAUGUGCGAGACCCCACGGGACAUUGCGUGGGAGAAACGUCGCCGCCAAAUGCUACGACAGGAGAGGAGAAAGAAUGGAAUCAUUAACUCUGAGGACUUGACCGAUGAGGAUCUUCAUGAGCUUAAAGGGUGUAUAGAGCUAGGGUUUGGGUUCAAAGAAGAGCAAGGACAUAAAUUGUGCAACACAUUGCCAGCUUUAGACCUUUAUUUUGCAGUGAACCGCCAGCUCUCUCCGAGUCCAGUGUCGACACCGCGUAGCCGUGCGUCAACCUCAUCCCUUGAUGCUCGCUCGUUCUCGUUUGGGAGCCCAAGGAGUGAGUCUGAUUCUUGGAAAAUAUGCAGCCCAGGAGACAAUCCUCAGCAAGUGAAGACCAAGUUGAAGCAUUGGGCUCAAGCUGUUGCUUGUUCGGUGAUGCAAUCCUCCUAAAGUGUGUGUGAGAUAUGGAGAUUGUACAGAACAGACAGAGAGAGAGAGAGAUAGAGAAAGCAAGAAAUUAAGAGAAGCUCAUGAGGUUGGCUUGGAGCCGGGUUUUGAUUAACUUGGCAUUAAUGGAUUAAUCUGGGGCAUUAUCUUUUUUAGUUUUUUUUCCCCAAAUCAUUCUAGCUAUGAAGCCUAGUGUGUGAGUACUACAUAUUUGGCUUUUGAAAAGAAAAUUUGGCUAGCUAGAGAGAGCUUGUGGAGAUAAUAUAUUUCCCCUUGUUUUAUUAUUUGACACAACCUGUA